UCCAGCACGCAGAAGGAACAAGGUUGCUGUGUGUUAAAGAAAGCGACGGACAGAGCAACCCGACAGAGUUACAAGAAGAAGAAAUAUCUUUGUCAUUUUGUCAACUUCUAAACAUAGUUUCACGCACUUCAGAAAAAAUGCUUCGCAAGACAGGAAUUCUGCUACUUCUUGUGCUCCUUACCUCUGCUUAUGAACUGGACCAGAACGAGUCAUUCUCACCACGGAGGACGCGGGUUUCCACUCAUAGUCCAUCGGACGUGGCCCGGUGUCUGAACAGCGCCCUGCAGGUGGGCUGUGGGGCCUUUGCCUGCCUGGAGAACUCCACCUGCGAUACAGAUGGCAUGCAUGACAUCUGCAAGUCCUUUCUAUACAGUGCUGCUAAAUUUGACACUCAGGGCAAGGUCUUCGUGAAGGAGAGCCUGAAGUGCAUUGCCAAUGGCAUCACCUCCAAGGUCUUCCUCACCAUCCGGCGCUGCUCCACCUUCCAGAGAAUGAUCUCCGAGGUGCAGGAGGAAUGCUACAGCAAGCUGGACAUUUGUGGGGUGGCCAAGCUGAACCCCGAUGCCAUCAGUGAGGUGGCCCAACUGCCCAGCCACUUUCCCAACAGAUACUACAGCAAGCUCCUGCAGAGCCUGAUGGAGUGCGACGAUGAAACGGUCAGCCUGGUCAGGAGCAGCCUGGUUUCGAGGCUAGGUCCCGAGAUGGCCAUGCUGUUUCAGCUGCUGCAGAGCAAGCCCUGCCCCUCUUCCUCCUCCUUGUCCUCUCCUGCUGGGGCCGAAGGCCGCGGCAACUGGCGCUGGCCCAUUGGGCCCCAUGUGUUCAAGAUGCAGCCCAACCUGCGCAGGGAGCCCUCCACUCUCUUUUCUAAGAAGCGUUCUGCAGAUGACAGCUCGUAAUGGUCACACAUGCACUGCAACACCUGCUCUUCCAUGGGGUGUGUAAGAUUCUGAACUUUUACCAAAGUAAAAAAUGAUAUCCGAUCUCACUUAAGUAAAAAUCACAUGCAGUUAUCAUAAAGUUCAUAUCAGACGUAUCAGUAUGAAAAUGUGCUAACUCAUAGUAAAGGCUUACAUGCAUAUGGAGUUCAUGCUUUACAGGGUAAUGAUGCCAACUUAUGAUGCUUAAAAAAACCUGAAAUUAUUAAUUUACAGAAUUUCCCAUAUCAGAUCCAAAGCAUUAUUUUUAUCUCUGAAGCCCAGCAAUCUAUAACCUUGGAAAAACCAUUGUGUUUAGUUGCUUUCUGUUUGAAUCAUUACUCAAAAGUAAAAGAAAACAAAUUUUAAGAAACGUGAAAUUGGACUGCAUGUGAUUUUGACUAAAGGACCAGCAGAGAUCCUAUUUUAUAAAUUAUGAUUACAUUUAAAAAGUGAGCUAGAUUUCACAAGAGUACUUGGUAACACUUUGUUUAAACAGAGAAAUAUCAGGGACAUCUCAUUUGCAUACCACCUUUCUCCUAAGUCACUGAUCAAUCAGCCAUUGUAGUCGCUCCCUGUUUGUUCAAAUUUACUUCAAUGAAAAACUCUCUCCUCCAGCCUUGGUUAAUGCAGUUUCCUGUCUCUUGCCCUCCUGUGUCACAGUAAAUAGCAUCCCACUGGAGCCAGAAGCAACAAUCUUUGGUGUCAUGGGUUCACUAUAUCCCACGCACAUAAUAUUAAAAUAAAAAUCAAAGUGAGUUGUUCCCUUGGCAUGAAGAAAUAUUCCAAACGCAUAUCUGGAGAUAUUUAUGUUUUAAUAACAUACAAGCUGAAUGUUUGGUACUAUAGUUCCUGUAAAGUAUUCUAUAUUGAAGUUUGACACAGGAAACUGUAUUACUUUGAAUUACAUCAAUAUAACUACAAAAGAUGUUACCAGAUUUUGCCAGAAAGAACCCAUAUUAACUUAAGUGUGCAAUGUGUAAUUGUAGAGUACCCAAUGGACCAAAUGAUUUCCAAGGACAGAUAUUAAUAGCUUCUCUGUACUCAUAAUAAAGAGCAGAGGUGAAUUCCUAUGUAACUGGGCAUCUGUGUAGAUUGUAAGGAAUAUGAAAUGACUAUUUAAAAGCAGUUUGUUAUAUUAUUGAUAUUUAUUUUCCUACUUGCUAAUUCUAUUUUAUUUAAUAUAUUCAUGUUAUUUGAUGAAAUUGCAGUUGAUAUUACUUUUGUAUGCUAGAAUUAGGUUAGAACUUUAAAAAAUAUGGUUCUGUUUUCGCUCCCAUUAAAAUGGGACAUGCUGAAUCUUAAUGAGAUGACAUUCUCCAAGGUGUCUUUUAAUUGGCUGAAUAGGAUACAUGUUAUGACUCUGUGCUGGCCAUAGACGAACAUGUAUACCAUUCUAGUCAGAAACUUCUUAGGUAGUGUGAUAAGGGACCAUAUCUGAAACGACACUACUUUUAAGCUUGUAACGCCUGUCUUAUCAGAAUCUAUAAGAUUAGAUACACUGCAGGACCUUUGAAAUUGUUGUUGCAUUUAUUAAAAUCCCAAAGGAACUAAAUUAGGCAGAAUUAACCAAGUAGAUUUAAAGAAAGUGUGCUGUUGAGAUUUCUUUGUAAUAAAAUUAAUAAGACUCGGUUACACGCUAUGUAAGAAAUUGCAAGGUGUCACUUUUCCAGUUUUGUUACACUAUGCAGUAUAUUGGUAAAAAGGUUUAAUCACUCCUCUGUAAAGAUUACAAGAAAAUAAAACAAAGCAAAACAAAAUUUGAAUUUGAUCAAAUUCUUGCAAUAGGGGAAUAAGCUGCAGAGAGCUUAACUUUUGUUUGCUAGGGAUUUCUCAGCUGGUAUUUUCCUUACAAAAAGCUUAUGUGCUGAAAAGCACAAGGUCUGAAGCAUCACAGUACACAGUCAUGCUUCAGGUAAGAAGACAUAGUGUUGCCAUAGCAGCACAGGCCAAAAACAUUUCCAGGCCUCUCUUGUUCAUAUAUGACCUCGAUGCCUGGCAAUGUGAAUGUACUGGUUCCCAUCUUUGUGGGAAGAGUCAAAAAGAACUCCCAUCUCCACACUUCUGAUCUGUGGAUCAGAAAAGCUAAAUAAAUUCUGCAUAAAUUCCAAUUUUUGUUUCUUCAAAAGAACAUUUUGAUAUUUUCUGUUUUAGUUGCUUUAUGGGGUACAGAUCCUUAUUUAGUUAGCUGAGCAAUGAAUAUAUUAGAUAUAAAGAAAAAAUUAAGAAGUAGAAAAACCAACACAGAAACUGUACAUGCAACACAUGCAGUGUGUAUCCAGAAACGGUUUCCCUUUAACAUGCACUUUGUUCUCUCUUAUGACCACUAUACAAGGGCAUUUAAGCAUUCAGCACUUGCCAUUACUCAGUCAUUUUUCUAAAGAGUAUGCUUAAGGUAAAACAUCAGUACAUUUAAUAGGCUUGUGCUUCUAGACACAGUCCUAUGGGUUUAAAUGUUUCCUGUAUUUCUGAAACACCAGUACCAUCACACAGCACUAUAUGUGCUGCUAUACAAAGACAAUUUCUCAGCUGUGUGAUAUGGAGUAACUCCUGUUUACUUUGCACAGUAAAUCUAACAAAAUCUAAUUUGGUUCCUAAACACCUUGCAAGUUUAUGCAGAGGUCAAAUUAUAAAAAUGUUCACCUUUUUCAGAGCUAUAAAUUCCAGUGGAAGCUUGGGAAAGAAAAGAAUUAGCUUUCCUGUGUGAAUAUUUUAAUUUGAUUAAGGAGUAAAUUACUUUGAUUUUGUUAAGGAUUUCUGUCUGUAUUUAUGUGGCAUAAGAAUAGCUCUUAAGGGGCAAAAGAGUUCCACCCUUUUUGCUUGAUUGUUGUUGGGAUCCCUGCUUAACACACAUUGCCAUCUGCUGGAGAAAUACUGAAACUGAUGCUUUGAAUAGGAUUUUCUAAUGCUCUUCUUCCUCUGCGUAUGACUCAAAGAGCUGAAAGGCUUAGUAAACCUUAGAGAAUGUACAUCAGGUUUGUGUCAGUCAAAUGUUGGAGAGUGGGUGCCUAAGUUUCUUAAAAGUUGAUAAAUUCACAAAAUGUAAAAUGUAGACUAGUGUAUCUAGUCCGUAAAGGUAUAAUGUUAACAACUACGAAACCUAGAUCUCCAACUCUAAAUGCAGUGGUAUGAAUCUCUGGUGGAAGAGGGGUUUUGGAGAGUUGUUAACACUUGCUUUAAAGACUAAUACUUCUCAACUAUCUGAAUCAAUGAGAGGAGAAGAUAUGAUAAAUAUGCAGAGGAGCUAUAUUUAACAGGGCCAGACUGAAUUGAAAAUAAAACACACCUCUCAAUAUUCUCUGAUGCCAAGUAUAGACCCCACCCAUGAAGACUCUCCAGUGGAGCAGACUGCUCUAUCGGUUAGUCAUUUCAUCACCUCUAGUUCAGUCAGUGGAAACAAAGUUCUGACCACACUGUCGGGGUUUUGCCAUGGCAGAAGCAGUUUUGCACUUGGAGGUGGAAAAUAUGGCAUUUAUUUCAGUAGGAAGCUAACUUGGAAAUGUUUCUCUUGUCCAGAGUUCUGAGAACUCAAAGGGCAAACAGGUGCCUUAGCUGAGGUUUGGGCACUCCUACCUGUAUGUAAGAGUAAUGAAAUUACGGUACUCCUUUCUUUCCUAUCAAGACUUGAAAUGAAUCACAUUUUCCACUUAGGGGCUAUAUUAUGCCAGUUGACACUUUAGUCAUAUUCUUUCCACAUGCUUUGUAAUCCAAACACUUAUAUUUGCCAAUCAGUUGAAUCAGACAAUCAACGGGUGAUCAGUUUCUGGAGAUUUUUGUUGAAGUACACUAUGUACGCAUGAUUGAACAUUGUGAUUUAUUUGCACUUUAAAAUGUUUUUUUUUAUUUCUUCUUUGUGCCACUCAUUUGCAGCUAUGUAUUUAAAACUGAGAAAGACAAAUACAUCGACUAUGUUUUGUUUGGCUGAUUAAAGGAAUAAAGAAUGAUCUUAUCUGGCAUAUGUCAUUGAA